AUGCUCAAAGUUUGUGUUGUUUUAUCAUGGCAUGGAAUAGCCAAAUCAAGCCACUUUCUCAGCGUAGAUUCUUUGAUCUCAAUGAAACCAGAAAAGAUGAAUUUCGCCCACGAUAUAACUGAAGCAGAGCCUAUCGUAAGAUUUUUUGAUAGAGCCGAUGAAAUUAUGCUGUGGAGGGCAGAUGCGAUGAAGUUGUGCUUGAAACAAAGAGGUAUUGCUCCUUAG